GCACAUUGCCCAGACUGGGUUGUUGGACUACAACUCCCAGCACGGUGUGCUCUGCCUUUCUGCACACAAAGCUGAUGGGUAGGACUACAACUCCCUGCAUGCAAUGCUCCCUAGCCGGUGUAUUUCACUCGCCCUCCCUCAUCUCUGAUGAGAGACAAGAGUCACUGAAAGGGAGGGCAAACAACAGACAGCAGCAAUGCUAAACUGCUUGGUGACCGUGCUGGGAAUAUUCAUCUGUGUUCCCCUUCUCCUGUUCAUGGCAGCUCCCUACAUCAGGAGGUACAUAGCAGGAGGGGUGUGUAAGUCAACAGCUAAGCUGAAUGGGAAGGUGGUGGUAAUCACGGGAGCCAACACAGGCAUUGGAAAGGAGACAGCCAGAGAUCUCGCACAAAGAGGUGCCAGGGUGAUCAUUGCCUGCAGAGACAUGGCAAAGGGGGAAGCAGCAGCCUGUGAGAUCCGAGCAGAGACAGGGAACCAACAAGUAAUUGUGAAGAAGCUGGAUCUGGCAGAUACCAAGUCUAUCCGAGAGUUUGCUGAGAACUUCCUAGCAGAGGAGAAGGAGCUACAUAUCCUCAUUAACAAUGCAGGUGUGAUGCUGUGCCCUUACUCAAAGACGGCUGAUGGCUUUGAGAUACAUCUGGGAGUCAAUCACCUUGGUCACUUCCUCUUGACCUUCCUGCUGCUGGAGUGCCUGAAGCAGUCGGCCCCGGCCCGCAUAGUGAAUGUGUCCUCACUGGCUCAUCAUGGAGGCAGGAUCCGCUUCCAUGACCUCCAGGGUGAGAAGUGCUACAACUGGGGCCUUGCGUAUUGUCACAGUAAAUUGGCCAAUGUACUCUUCACCCGGGAGCUGGCUAGACGCCUUCAAGGCACUGGAGUCACUGCAAACUCGCUGCACCCCGGCUCUGUUCAUUCCAGUUUGGGCCGGCACUCGAUUCUAAUGACCCUGCUGUGGAAGACAUUUUCUUUCUUCUUGAAGACUCCACGCGAAGGAGCCCAGACCAGCGUAUACUGUGCAGUGGCUGAGGAGCUGGAGUCUGUGACUGGACAGUAUUUCAGUGACUGCCGGCCAGCCUAUGUUUCCCCUCAGGGCCGGAACGAUGAGCUGGCAAAGAAGUUUUGGAAUGUCAGUUGCGAGCUGCUGGGCGUCCAGUGGGACUGAACUGUCAACCCCGAUCUCUAGCUGGAUGGGCCUGGAUUUGAUGAUCUUAAGGAGCAUUUUGCUUGGGUAGAGGAACACAAGCAACCGUGCACCCUGCCUGGCACUUGCAGCGGCUCUACCAGUGAUUUUAUAGACACUAUUGCCCUUAAACUUCUGAGAUAUCUUAUGUUUUAAAAGAAAAGGUGAGAUUAUUGCCCCACUCAUCCCUCUUUCCUAACUGGAGGCUCAGGCCAAAGUGCAGUGACUCAGGGCUUAUCCUUUCCCCGCCCCAGCUUCCAUUCCACAACACAUUCUUCCCCUGGUUCCCUAAUAGAAGUGGAGGCUUUAGGUCAGUUAGGUUUCUGUACAAGUCAAUUUAGAAAUUUUGCUUUAUGCUUAUGGAAGAGUCUUUAUGCAGCAGUAGUAACCAGACUGGUUGAGAGUUUCCUUCAAUAUAUGCUCCACUGAGUCACUUGUCUCUGCUCCACUGCUUGGAAGGGGAUCCUAAAGCUGCAGCAACCCCCAGCUUAAAGGAGCAAGUCUUAAGUGAUCCAAGUGCUGAGGCCCCUCAGGAUUGUUAAUCAAGUGUAUUUCAGUAGCCCUUGUUGAUGCAACCAGGCUUGAGAACCACUUUGUGCUAGGCACAGCAUAAACUGCCACAUGUACCUUGUAGGUGGUUUUGGAAUGCCAAACGGGAGUGGGGGAAGGGGGAGAAGAGCUGCCAGUAGAGAGAGUGAGCAGAGAAUUGUGAGUGGUGUAUAGGGUAGUGAGUAACAGAGUAAUUCAAGCUGUGUCUGAUCCAUCCCUGCCACGUUUGCUGUCCUGAUGGAGGAUAUUGGAAUUGCAGCCAUAGACAAAGGCAGGGAUCAUCCCUAGCGAGACAGCAAUGGCCACAUUAGCAAUGGGGCAGGAAGGUGAGAGUAGAACCUAGUUUACAUUGGCAUUAAGUUUGCCUGCCCAGUAGUUCUAGGGAGAGGCUAGCCAAGGGUGGCAUGUGGCACUUACAACACAUUGGACACACCUGUUGCAAAGGGCAAGUAAAGUUGGUCAUUGUUGCAGUCAAGCAGGCUCCAAAUUCUUCCUACCCUGUGUGGUAACUGAGCUGCUUGCCUAUAAGAGGUCAUAUUUUACACCUCAUUUGACUUUUUCUGGAAGCAUCCCAUGGCUAAAAUGUCACUGCAGUCAGGAUAUCACAGCUUGCAGGGCUGCCAUUCAGUCCUGUACUCUGUGUAGUCACAAGUGAAUGGCAUUUUCUAGAAGCAGAUGCCUAGUUCCUGAGUUAGGUUAGCACUACCAGCUCUCUCUACAGCAAUGCUUGACCCUGCAAGUCACCACUGAGUUACCUCCAACCAUGACAUUACUAAAUAAAAUCAUUCCUGUUUUACACUGUUA